UCUCAUCAGCUAGGGGCCUCUUGAGAGAGAUCAAUGAUCAGAGGUCUUACCACACUGCAAAUCAGAAGGUAUGCGACUAAUUUUACAAUUUAUUUUCAUUAUCUAAAUACGUAUAUAGUUAUACAUGUGUAUAUAUAAUGAAUUGAAAGAUAAAAUAUAUAAGCUGUUCUACUUUGUAUUUUACAUAUAACCCCUUACAUCUUAUAUGAAUCACUUAAAACUUGUAUAACUAAUCAUAAUAUUUUUAUACUAUUUUCUGUUACUGAGAUGCAUGGUCGGAAAGAUACAUAGACUGUAAAUCACACAUUUUAGAAAGGAAUGGAAUGAGAAAACCCAUCUUGUGUACGUGAAGUGGAGAAACUUGAGACAUACAUUUUACCAAAAAAAAAAAAAAAAAACUUGAGACAUACAUUGGCACGUAUUCGUGACCGUGGGAAUGAAAAGUAGACAUGCAAGUUGCCAAACUUGAGCUCGUCUUAUUACCAGAAAGUCAUUUCUCAUGAUGAUAUAGUCCUUUUUCUAUUCACGGAUAGAUAUUAAUCUUACAAUCGGGUGGCCCAAGCUUUGGUUUCUCUAUAUUUAGUGGAGAAGAUUACUUUCCGACUGCGACCUUACACCAAAAACUUGAGGAUUGGCUGAAUUCACUAUAAUUGUUGAAUUUCAUGGAUCCCUAUAUAAGUUCGUAUCAUCUCGAAAAUAUGGAUUCAUAUGUGUAUAUCUCGAUUACUGCAGGGUGGUUGAAGUAGAAGAUGACAAGUAUAUGCGUAUAUAUAUAUCUAAGCAGAAGAUUACAAGUAUAUUAAUGUUACGUCAUACGUGCAUAUAAAUCAAAUGUUAUAUAUAUUAGUGGACUACGAUAUUAUUUUGGACUACCUUGUGGCGUGUGCUGUCUCGCGAUUCACGACCUCAUAAACCAAGUUUAAUAAGUUACUAUACUAUUUGACGAAAAGGAAUCAAUAAUAGAUAUAAGUUUCAAGUCACUACAUUUUGUGCACAAGUGGCCAUAUGCAUGAUAAAAUAUGAAUGUUUUCUUAUUAAAAAGUUUAAGUUUGAGCGUUGACUGUUAACAAGUAGGAAUAACUUAAUUAAAUAUGUUUGACAAAAGGUGAAACGAUAAUAUAAUGCACAUAGUUCACAUAAUUGGAAGUGUAAAUAAUGAUUUUCAUGAGUCUGUAGGCCAUGUCAAAUGUUUUUUUUUAUAAAACAUAUAUUCAUUUGAUGUGUUAAACUAUAGUGUAAAACAAGGAGCCAGUCUAUAUAAAUUAUGAAAUGGCCAAAAAUAUGGUGAGGAAUAAGUUGAUCCAACGUAUCGCAUGGCCAAUUGACUACCUCAUUAUGCAGUUGUCAGUUUAGUUACAGAACUUGGGAUAAAUCAAUUGUUCUAAGAAAAAGAAAACUAUUUCAAAGAAUUGGAUAUGAAACAAAAAGUCCAACGAGGUAAAAGUUGAGAGCGCUGAACUAAACUUGUUAAGAACUAAACUCCCAUUUUUUCAAAAAAAAAACACCUAACUCCUUCGCAUGAUCGCAUCUCAGAUGAACUGAAUAAUAUGCGAUGAAUCCACGGGCUCAUUUAAAAGUUCUAGUUACACCAUAACUAACAAUGAAACUUGAAUAUAGAAAACUUCCAAAGAAAAGUAAGUAAGAAAAAAAAAAGUGGGGGUUGAAGGCUAGAAAAUCCAUUUUAGGGGAUUUAAUUAAGGGUUAGAUAAUCUUUAUAAAUAGUAACCAAGAAGAUUUUGGAGUCUCGCUCUCCUAAUAGCUGGUCUUGUUGUAACCACUAUUUAAUACUCUCCACUAUAUGUCAUGAUCUGCUACAAAACCAUAUACUCUAUUAAGGUCGAUCUCUACUAGAUUAAUCUUAUAAAUGGUAAAGUAUGGGGACCUUCUUAACAUUAAACAACAAAAAGGGAACUAUAAUUAAUGUCUACUGCUUUCGUAAUGUCUAGCUUACGCCUUCGCUUUAAAUGGUUGGGAGUUAGGAUCUGCCAGAUACAUUUCAAUUCUAAUAUGUGUUUAGCAGCAGAAAAACAAAAUCAUUUCUACUAAAUACAUCUCAAAAGCAAGAGCAAGACAUAUGUGUAUUUUUCUUGAAAUAUCAUGUGUAUAUUCAAGAUGAAUUACUGUAAUUUAUUGGUUUAAAGAGUAUGAAACGGAAUUGUCGGUUCUUCACCUCAAAGUACUUAGUUUGAAGGUUAUGAAAUGUUCGAUGAUACAUCAUCAUACAUGAACGAUAUUGUUUCUAGUUCGAAACAUAUAUAUUCCAUAAAUCUUGUAAUAAAAGUAAGUGCGGAUGUAUGAACCAAUUUUUAGCUAGUUUAUAUAGAAUUGCGUUUGUUGUAACAUAACAAUCUAAGGCGUAUAGAUAAUUAAAUUAGUUCUGCAAUAAACUUUUGUUUAUACAUUGCUCUAUACAAAUCAGGAUGGUUUAUAAAAUCAGCAAAAGAAUGCAUUCUUGUGAAACACGAGAGGUUUUGUUACUUGAUUAACAUUUUAUGAUAAGCUAUAUAAUCAAUAACCUGCAACAGCUAACCCCUCUAUUAUGACAAGGAUUCCUUAUUCAGAAAAGCUACAAAGCCUCAGAGUUAAUACAGUUUAGUAGGGACUAAUGAAGUUGGUUGUGAAUCACAUACUUGUGAUCAAUUAAUAAAACUGGUUAUUUAUUUCCCUUGCCAUCCUAAUUCUUCCAUAACAACUCAUUCCCAAAAGUUUAUUAUUUUGUGUUCAUGGAGAUGAACUUGUUGAUUUCUGCGGUGGAAUGGGUAUACACUCAUUUAAAGUUCUCGGACGUGGCUUUAGCCCUAAUAGGGCUUUUUCUUCUUAGUUACUUGCGUGAGAAGUUACUGAGCAAAGGCGGGCCAGUGAUGUGGCCAGUGUUGGGAAUGGCACCCGUGUUAGCCUUAAACAUAGACGAUCUGCUUGGUUGGUGCACGAGAAGCCUGGUCAGAGCCGGUGGGACGUUUCAUUACAGGGGAGUUUGGUUCGGUGGGUUUUACGGUAUCCUGACCGCAAAUCCUGCAAACAUCGAACACAUUCUCAAAACCAAUUUCAAAAACUACCCGAAGGGGGAGUACUAUAGGGAGAGGUUUCGUGAUCUUCUUGAAGAUGGGAUCUUCAACGCUGACGACGAGCUGUGGAAGGAAGAGAGACGUGUGGCGAAAACUGAGAUGCAUUCUUCACGUUUCUUGGAGCACACGUUUACUACGAUGAGAGAUCUUGUGAAGAAAAAGCUGAUGAAACUGAUGGAGAAGAUGGCUACUUCGAAGAGAGUCUUUGAUCUGCAAGACGUGCUCGUUCGUUUCACCUUCGACAACAUAUGUAUCUCUGCCUUUGGGGUUGAUCCAGGAUCGUUAGGGGUGGACUUACCGGAGAUUACUUUUGCUAAGGCUUUUGAGGAAGCUACAGAGUAUACGCUCGCUAGGUUUCUGAUGCCUCCUUUUGUGUGGAAGGCAAUGAGGUUUCUAGGGAUAGGGUCUGAGAGAAAGCUGAAAAAAGCGGUUAUAGUUGUUCACGCGUUUGCUAACAAGAUAGUGAGAGAGAAGAGGAACAAGAUGAGGAAACUAAGGAGCUUGAACGAUGAUUCAUCUGAUCUCUUGUCACGCCUUAUGCAGAGAGAGUACGAGAAAGAAGAAGGGAAAUACUUUUCAGACAAGUACUUCAGAGAGUUCAUCACAAGUCUCAUCAUCGCGGGCCGAGACACCACAUCGGUGGCUCUGGUCUGGUUCUUCUGGCUGGUUCAUAACCAUCCCCAAGUGGAGAAGAGAAUCCUAAGCGAAAUCAAAGAGAUUCAUGGAAAACGUGCGCCGCAAGAAACACAUGAACCGUUCAGUGCGCAAGAGCUUAACGAAAUGGUGUAUCUGCAAGCUGCCUUGACAGAGUCACUGAGGCUUUACCCUUCAGUGCCAAUGGAGAUGAAACAAGCGUUAGAAGACGACACAUUACCUGAUGGGACAAGGGUAAAGAAAGGCGCUAGGGUUUUCUUCUCCAUCUUCUCAAUGGGGAGAAUAGAAUCGAUUUGGGGGAAAGAAUGGGAAGAGUUCAAACCAGAGAGAUGGAUCAAAGAAGGAAAUAUUGUUAGUGGAGAUCAGUUCAAGUACGUUGUGUUCAAUGCAGGCCCAAGACUUUGUGUUGGCAAAAAGUUUGCUUACACACAAAUGAAAAUGGUGGCUGCAGCUAUCUUGAUGAGGUAUAAGAUCAAAGUUGUGGAAGGACAGACCGUUGUUCCCAAGCUUACCACUACAUUGUACAUGAAGAACGGUCUGCUUGUUACCCUCCAGCCCCGCGACGGGUAAGGUUAGUUCAAACCAAGCCUCAAUAUUCGGUUUAUCGGUAUGAGCUAAAUGUAUGUUACUAGAUGCAACUAAAUGUGUGUGUUUUAGUCAAUAUAGCCAUGAAUUUAUGUUCCGUCAGCAUAAACAAAUGUGUGUUUAGUCAAUAUAGCCAUGAAUAUAUGUUGUGUCAGUAAAACAAAUGUUGUUACAAAAUGCUUUUUUAGUUUGGUUUGGACUUGAUA